UGAGUUGUCCAUAAGAUCCAAUGAGAAUGCUAAGUUCUACAACACCAAAAAAAAUCUUAUCCAAAAACAUUCAUAAAAACAAUGGUCACCUCACAUAAUAGUAUAUGACUCUUUAACAAAAUACAAUGCUUAUCACGCCGGUGAGUCCAUGCUGCAACAUAGCCGGAUUAUUCCUUUUCCGGCGCAUUUCCCGGCAGAUUUUUCUAAAGACCGAAUCACCAUCACGCACAAACUCGACUAGCCUUAAAACCAUUUCAACCGUUCCUGCGACGGCGCGAGCUUCGAAGCCACUACGGUGCGGUGCUCGGAGAAGGGUGAGAGACGACGGAGAAGAUGAAGAUGAAACGUACGGAUACAACGAGGAGAUAGCGAUGCUGGAGACUUAUAGCCAAACGUGUAGAGACGAAGCGCUUAUCGUGACGGCCAAGGUUGACGGUGAAGAGGUCGAAGUUCUCAUCUUCAAAGGAUUCUCGUCGUGUCUGAGCGGGGAGACGGCGGUGGAUCCGGCGAGGAGUGUGUUGCCGGAGAGAGCAGUGAUUACAAAGAUAGAUAGAGUGAGAGGUCCUUUUGAUCCUUCACAGAUUCAUUACAUUCAGAAAGGACUCUCUUUUCAAGCUUUCAAGGAGACUAUGGUCAAGUAAUAUUCUAGAAGAUAUAUAUACACUGUGUAUCAAGAAGAGUGUUAUGGUCAAUGAAUGUUUCCUUUGAAUUAGUAAAGAGAAGCAUGCUAACUUAAGUGAAUUGAUCCAAAGUUUUUAUAUAUUAGUGCUGGUUUAUUUAAACUUUCAAUACAGUAGCUGGAGAUUAUGGUUUUAAUU